ACAAAUAAAGAAAUCCCAUCGUAGAAAUGAAACCUAUAACUUUAUCCAUGAUGCAUUGCAUUUAACCCAGUUCACAUUGAGAAAGGAAUUGAAUCAUCAAUCAAAAUCAUCGCUCCAUAGGUUGACGUUUAAGUUAUUAGAAGCUUGUUUUCGGUUUCACGAUGGUAUUAAAAUGUAAACGGUUUCUGCAACGGUACUUUGUAGUUCUCGUAGUGACUUGCAUCAUCCUUUUAGGACUGAACCUCGUUGCCAAAAAGGACCUUGUAACCAACAACGAAGAUCAAUUAUUUGUGAAGUUCCAACAUUUUAUGGGGAAAAGAAAGUUUCCCACAUCUGGUGCUCAUAACAUAAAGUGUUCAGAGCUGGAGUUAUUUCUAGAAUCUCUUUACGAUGUAAACUGUACAGCUAUUUUUCAAGGGGACGUCAACGAAAUCAAGAGAAGUCAACUAUUGAAGGUGCAAUCUAAGGCAGUAACUCCCAAUGAUUCCUAUUAUACCAAUGCCACACAAAACUGUGAGAAUUUCAUAAGGAGCAGAAAGUACAUUGCAUUUGCCCUCAGUAAGCGAGAGGAGCAAGUUCCAAUUGCCUAUUCUGUAGUCAUUCAUCAAAGAGCUGACCAGUUUGAAAGACUCUUGAGGACAAUCUACACACCCCAGAAUAUUUAUUGUGUACAUAUUGACAACAAAUCAUCCAUUGAUUUCAAAAUGGCAGUUCACAGCAUCGCAUCUUGUUUCCCAAAUGUUUUUAUUGCAGGAAAAUUGGAGAAUCUUGUUUACGGCUCCUGGUCCAGAGUUCAGGCAGACCUGAACUGCAUGGAGGAGCUGUUGGCAAGGCAUUUAACCUGGAAGUACUUCAUCAAUCUGUGUGGUAUGGACUUUCCCAUUAAAACCAACUUGGAGAUUGUCCAUCAGCUUGAGCAUUUGGCAGGGGGCAACAGUUUAGAGACUGAAGUAGUUAUGGAGGGGAAAGAGGUACGUUGGAAAUAUAGUUUAAAAAUAGUCAAUGGGAAAAUGGUAAAUAUGAAUGUGACCAAGAAACCAAUCUCCACUGUGACCUCAAUAUUCUCAGGCAGUGCUUAUAUGGUGGUCAGUCGACAAUUUGUUGAGUACAUCUUCAAAGACCCAAAAGCAAAGCAACUUAUUGAGUGGUCAAAAGACACAUACAGCCCCGAUGAGUUCAUCUGGGCCACUCUACAGAGGAUGCCCGGUGUUCCUGGCUCCAAACCUUCACAUCACAAGUAUGAUGUAAGUGAUAUGAGGUCUGUGGCCAAGCUGGUUAAGUGGGAAUACUUAGAAGGUGAUGUAACAGAAGGAAAAGCAUAUCCAUUAUGCACUGGUUCCCAUCGAAGGUCUGUCUGUGUUUAUGGGGCUGGAGAUCUCAACUGGAUACUUCAACAACACCAUCUGUUUGCCAACAAGUUUGAUACAAACGUGGAUCCCAUUGCACUUCAGUGCCUCGAGCAGUACAUACGACAGAAAACCUUGGCAGGCUGUAGCACUUAAAACUUGUAUUGCAUCUUCUCACAAUGCACGCUUACAGUAAACCUUGUACCACUAACUGCUUGAUUACUCUUAAACUGCAGGGGUCAGAAUAGAGGAGAUCACAGACCAGUCCUGGGACCACCAAGCUCCCAGAAUACCUGCCAAGGCAAACAAGUGUACCUGUUGUAAAGCAGAAUCAUCUGGAACGUAAAAGGUUUAAACACCACAAAGGGCACUGAAAACAGUGUGAUUAAACAAUGGGCCAGCAAUCUGUUUUAAAUCCCUGACAAGCUACUGAACCUUUGCUGCCUUUCAGUACCUGAAGACUUUUAGAACUUUAGCAAAGGUUUGCUUAAACUGUCACUACUUAUACAACUGGAGGAGAUCUGGGUUUAAUGCAGUGUGUGUAAAUGAACCAAGUCUGCCUUGGUACCUCAAGGCUCUUAAGAGUACAGCGAAGUGCAACUGCUCAUUACAACAGCCAAGCAGGAUCUACUGUAUUACAUUGUGUAAUUGCUGUGAUAUCAUUCCAUUAUAGUGAGCAUUUUGGGGAUCUCCAAAAGUAAAUAAUGAUAACUGGAUCCCAUUGUACUGCAGCAAGGUGGCAAUAUGAGGCAUUAUCUUCUACGCAAGGCCUUAGCUCUUGAUCACUAUUCAGUGAUUCCUGCUGGAGGGUGUGUCUGUAUGAAUGUUAGUUAUAGACAAGA